GCGGAGGAAACAACACACCAACUCUUCCUCCGUUUUAUCUCCAUUUCUCGUCUUAUAUCGUCGCGAAAACGAUAGAAAAAAUGUCGGAGACCGGGAGCAGACUCCGCAAGCUGCUGGAAUCCCCCAACUUCGACCCGCAGAGCUACGUGAAGCACCUGUCCCAGCAGUCCGACGGGGACCGCGACCUGCAGGAGCACCGGCAGAAGGUCCAGAACCUGGCCGACGAGACGGCGCAGAACCUGAAGAAGAACGUCUACAAGAACUACCGGCAGUUCAUCGAGACCGCCAAGGAGAUCUCCUACCUGGAGAGCGAGAUGUACCAGCUGAGCCACAUCCUGACGGAGCAGAAGAGCAUCAUGGAGAGCAUCACGCAGGGCCUGACGUCCACCGACAAGGACGAGACGUCCAAGGAGAUGCAGGCGGCCUUCCCCAAGGAGACCGAGGAGCUGAAGCAGAGGACGCUCACCUCGCUGCUGGAGAAGGUGGACGGCGGCAAGAGCAUCAUGGACACGCCCGGGAGGCACCUGGUCUACAACGGGGACCUGGUGGAGUUCGACGUGGAGAACAUGUCCCCCGUGCAGAAGGUCCACGCCUUCCUGAUGAACGACUGCCUGCUGGUCGCCACCUGGCUGCCCAACCGGCGGGGCGCCGUCAAGUACAAGUACAACGCCCUGUACGAGCUGGAGAGCUUCGCCGUGGUCAACGUGAAGGACAACCCGCCCAUGAAGGACAUGUUCAAGAUCCUCAUGUUCCCUGACAGCCGCAUCUUCCAGGCGGAGAACAGCAAGGUGAAGAAGGAGUGGCUGGAGAUCCUGGACGAGACCAAGAAGAGCAAGGCGUCCAAGGACAAGAAGGCGGAGGAGGCGCCGCCGCCCGCCUCCCCCGCCCGGGCCGAGCCGUCCACCAACCCGUUCGACGUGGACGAGGACGAGGAGGCGCCGGCGUGCGGCGAGGAGAGCGUGGACCUGAGCCCGGAGUGGAUCCAGGAGCUGCCGGAGGACCUGGACGUCUGCAUCGCGCAGAGGGACUUCGAGGGCGCCGUGGACCUGCUGGACAAGCUCAACGAGCACCUGAGGGACCAGCCGGCCACCGCCGGCGUCAAGGAGCUGCGGGCGCGGGUGGAGGAGCGCGUCCGCCGCCUGACCGAGGUGCUGGUGUUCGAGCUGUCCCCCGACCGCUCGCUGCGCGGGGGGCCCAGGGCCACCCGGAGGGCCGUGUCCCAGCUCAUCAGACUAGGUCAGUCCACCAAGGCGUGCGAGCUGUUCCUGAGGAACCGGGAGGCCGCCGUGCACACCGCCAUCCGCCAGCUGCGCAUCGAGGGCGCCACGCUGCUCUACAUCCACAAGCUGUGCAACAUCUUCUUCACCAGCCUGCUGGAGACCGCCAAGGAGUUCCAGACCGACUUCGCCGGGAACAGCGGCUGCUACUCCGCCUUCGUGGUCUGGUCGCGCUCGGCCAUGACCACCUUCGUGGACGCCUUCAGCAAGCAGGUGUUCGACAGUAAAGAGAGCCUGUCGACGGCGGCCGAGUGCGUGAAGGUGGCGAAGGAGCACUGCCAGCAGCUGACGGAGAUCGGCCUGGACCUGACCUUCACGCUGCAGUCGCUGCUGGUCAAGGACGUGCGCGCCGCGCUGCUCAGCUACAAGGACGUGAUCAUCGAGGCCACCAAGCACCGCAACUCGGAGGAGAUGUGGCGGCGGAUGAACCUGAUGACCCCCGAGGCGCUGCUCAAGCUCAAGGACGAGAUGCGCGGCUGCGGCGUGGCGUUCGACCAGUACACGGGCGACGACUGCUGGGUGAACCUGAGCUACACGGUGGUGGCGUUCACCAAGCAGCUGCUGAGCUUCCUGGAGGAGGGCCUGAAGCUGUACCUGCCCGAGCUGCACAUGGUGCUGCUGGAGAGCCUGCGGGAGAUCGUGCUGGCCGCCGUGCAGCACGUGGACUACUCCCUGCGCUGCGAGCAGGACCCCGAGAAGAAGCGCUUCAUCGCGCAGAACGCCUCCUUCCUGCACGACACCGUGCUGCUGGUGGUGGAGCGCCGCUUCGAGGAGGGCGUGGGCAAGCCGGCCAAGCAGCUGCAGGACCUGAGGAAGAGCAGCCGGCCGGUCAGGGUCAACCCGGAGAGCACCACCUCCGUGGUGUGAGGCCUAGACUGUUGGUUUCAACACAAAUGGGAGGAGCUCCUCCCUCAUCACUUCUCUCUCCAGUGCCUGAACACAUUUCCUACUUGCUAAUGCCAACUAACCUAGUUAGUAGCAUUGUUUUUUCUGACUCGCACUCCCUACUAAUUAGCAUAAUUGGCAUAAAAUGGUUAUAUGGUAAAGAAAUGACGUCAACUGAACUAGUUACUGACAACGUUUUCACUUACUUUACCCCCAAAAUAGAUCAUCUGUGGGGCUCGUAGGUCAGAAAGUUGGUACCAACUAUUUCAUUUCCCCCCCCUCUUAUCGGUUAGGGUUCUAAGAAAUAAAAGUUGGUUGUAGAUACUUUAGUUGACAUAAAAGGAAGAAAAUUGUUUUCAACAGUUUCAUGUUAACUAAACUAGUUACUGUCAACGUUUUUCUUCCUAGCCCCCAAAAACCAGACAAUCUAAGGGGUUAGUAAGUAAAAAUGUUGGCACUAAAUGGUUUUGUUGACAUUAAAUAGUUAAAAAAAAAAGUCUUUCUUUCUUUUUUUGUCAACUAGCCCAGUUAGUACCUUGGUUUUUUCUUACUUACCUCACCAGUUGGGGAAGGAACAAAAUAAAAAUGGGUGCUAACUAGUUUAGUUACAUUAAAAUUAACAAGAAACAUCAACUAAACUAGUCAUUCACGACUUUUUCCACUUACUAGCCCCCAAAAAUGGACAGUCUGGGAGGUUGGUAAAUCAAAAAGUUGGGACUAACUUAACUUCAAUAAAUGAUUCCCUCUCAUAAAGGUUUCUUUCCUUCAUUUCUGACUAAGCACCAGACUGUCUCGAUUGGGGUGGUAAGACA